CAUUCAUUGUGCGAGAAAUAAAGCGAGACAAACAAACAUGGCGGUGGAAAUAGAGUCUGCAGAUGUUGUCAGGUUGCUUGAACAGUACCUCAAAGAAAAUAACCUACUGAGGACCUUGUCAGUUUUACAGGAUGAGACUGGGAUUUCUCUAAAUACAGUAGAUUCUGUAGACAGUUUUGUGUCAGACAUCAACAAUGGCCAUUGGGACACAGUACUUCAGGCCAUCCAGUCCCUCAAACUGCCAGACCAGAAACUGAUAGAUCUUUAUGAACAGAUUGUAUUGGAACUGAUUGAGUUGCGUGAACUGGGAGCAGCGAGAUCCUUACUCCGCCAGACAGACCCUAUGAUCAUGAUGAAGCAGACCCAGGCUGAUAGAUAUGUUCACUUAGAAAACAUGUUGGCCAGGUCUUACUUUGACCCAAGAGAGGCUUAUCCUGAGGGUCAAACCAAGGAAAGGCGGAGGGCAGCCAUAGCAGCUGCGUUGUCUGGAGAAGUGAAUGUCGUCCCUCCCUCACGUCUUCUUGCUCUUCUUGGUCAGGCCUUGAAGUGGCAGCAACACCAGGGAUUACUUCCUCCAGGCACCACUAUUGAUGUGUUCCGUGGUAAAGCAGCAGUUCGUGAACAAGAAGAUGAGAAGUAUCCUACCCAGCUCAGUAAAACAAUUAAGUUUGGCCAGAAAGCCCACGUGGAGUGUGCGAGGUUCUCUCCUGAUGGCCAGUAUCUUAUCACUGGAUCAGUGGACGGCUUUAUAGAGGUGUGGAACUUUACCACGGGCAAAGUGAGGAAGGAUCUCAAGUAUCAGGCCCAGGAUAACUUCAUGAUGAUGGACGAUGCUGUACUGUGUAUGAGUUAUAGUAGAGACUCAGAGAUGUUGGCCACAGGAGGACAAGAUGGAAAAAUUAAGGUGUGGAAGAUAAUAACUGGACAAUGUUUGAGGCGGUUUGAGAAGGCCCACAACAAAGGAGUAACCUGUGUCACCUUCUCCAAGGACAAUGGUCAGCUGUUGAGUGCAUCCUUUGACCAGACCAUAAGAAUUCAUGGUUUAAAAUCUGGAAAAACACUGAAAGAGUUCCGGGGUCACACAUCAUUUGUCAAUGAUGCAGUGUUCACCCAGGAGGGCCACAGUAUUAUCAGUGCCAGUUCGGAUGGCACAGUAAAAAUCUGGAAUGUGAAGACCACAGAAUGCAGCAACACAUUUAAAUCAUUUGGAGGUGCGGCGGGGAGCGAUAUUACUGUACACAGCAUCCACUUACUGCCUCGGAAUGCUGAGCAGUUUGUGGUGUGCAACAGAUCCAACACUGUGUCCAUUAUGAAUAUGCAAGGACAGAUUGUGCGUAGUUUUACCAGUGGUAAACGUGAGGGUGGUGACUUUGUGUGUGCUGUGGUAUCUCCGCGGGGAGAGUGGAUAUACUGUGUGGGAGAGGACAUGGUGCUCUACGCCUUCAGCACAACUACAGGGAAACUAGAGAGAACUUUGACAGUCCAUGAAAAAGAUGUGAUAGGCAUAUCUCACCACCCGCAUCAAAACUUAAUUGGUACUUACUCGGAGGAUGGCCUUUUGAAACUUUGGAAACCUUGAGAUCAACUUGGCUGAGUUUGUAGUACAGAAAAAAAAAAAACAAACUGCUUUGCAUUUGAAGAGAACAGAACCAAAAGUACAAAGUACUGUUGAGAGAUUGAACAACGCCCAAAACUUUGUAUUAUCCAUGAUUUGGUCCUAAUGGAGAAGCUGAUAGCCCUGUUGGAUGGAUUAUGACUGAGAUAUGUAAAUUUAACAUAGUACAGGUGUAAGGUGGGAGGAACUCUGUGGGGUGUUUCUGGGGGUCGUUUCAAGGACAUAAUUAAGGAGCUCUUGGACUUUUGAUAUGCUCUGAAAACGUGUGUUAUUGUUUUAGGAUUUAUCUUGAUCUCCUCUGUGUGAACACCUGGAUUAAUUGAGGCCGUGUGUGAAUCUUUGUAAAGCCAUGGCCUCCUUGGAAGGAAUACAUGAUGAAUUUGGCAGUGAACGGAACACACGUGGAAACAAAUUGCUUUAUUUCAGGGGGAAAAGCUACAGAAAUUUCCCAGAUGAGUUCCGAGUAAUUAUUCUGAUGUAGAAACUGUUUUAGGUCUUGAUUCCUGGAGGUAGAAGAUAACAGAAGUAAUUUUAAACAUUCCUUUGGCGGAUUUAAAAGCAUUGCCCUUUUAAAGAAAUGAGCGUCAAAUUCUACCAUAGGGAUGACGCAUAAACCUCAUUUCGCUGGGAAUUCUAUUGAGUUGGCAUGGAUUGAUAAGAUACGGAGGGGAUAAGAAAUGAAACAACAACUGUCUUUAUAUAGUUACUUUUCCAGUUUUUGGCAAUUUCUGUUCCCUAGAGGUAAAGUUUAUUUAUGGAGAAGCCGAUUUAUCGAAAGGCUAACACGUUUAGUUUGUAAUAAUGAUGUCUUGGGACGGUUCUCAAUUGUAUAUGCUGUCUUUAGCCGACUGGCGUCCAUCUCGUCAAUAAAAAUGUCAUACAUUACAAUCAUU